AUGAAGACGACAAUUGCAGUGUUGUUGCUGAUUCAGAGAGUGGCAGGACAAUCAUGCGGACUCACAGAAAUGACCUUGUCGACAAAUUGCAACGAUGCGUGUUCGCAGUACGAACCGUGCUUGGUCUAUAGUGCUUCGAUGUGUCCUUCUGGAGCUUCGUGUGUUACUAGCUCUCAGUGUGCGAUCCAGUGCUUUUCUGAGCCGUUGAAUGAUUCAAAUACUUUCACGAUUUUGAUCAAGUUCGGAGCAUACGAGAGCACUCAAAAGAAAACGAGGACAGAGAGCACCUUGUUAUCGUUUGAGAAACUGGGUGAUUUCAUUCCUAAUGAGACUGACACGUACGCGUCGAUCAGCAACGAUGCAGUCUCCAGUAUCAGUACAAUUGAACUCCAGCCGACAGCGACCUCAUUCAUGGUGGUGGGAGGUACGAGCAUCACGUCAUCGUUAAAGAGCAAGGUGGCCAAGGUGACCUUUGGCUCCGACGUCAUCUCCACACAGACGAACGUCACGAACGUGGUGCUGAACAACCUGGAUUUAGCAACUUCUGCUAUGCUCCAGCAACUGCCUUUCGUACUGCCAACUACUUUGCAUAAGCUAAGUCUCGCCAACACACUGCUUACAAAUUUUCCAACCAUGGUGGCCAAUUUCACCAGCCUCCAGAGCCUUGACCUGGCCAUGAACUACAUCACCGAAAUCGUCGCAACGGCAGCUCUAAAUUCCCUUGUGAACAUGAAUUUACAUAGCAAUAACCUCAACAGCUUUCGCGCUGUCUUUCCGAAUCUUCUUUCGCUGGAUUUGACGGACAACAACUUCACAGAUACCCCGCCUAGCAUAUAUAUCCAUUACAGUCUAAAAGAGCUGCGGAUGAAAGGAAAUCCUUUGGCUUCCCCGUGGUUUACACGACAUCAGGUGGACUUUUUGAGCAAGCUCACGUUUCUUGAUCUCGAAAACUCGGACUUCACGAAAUCCAUUGACGGCUGCAGCUCGGCUAACCAGCGCAAAGUACAUGCACUGACUGUUUGCAUUUCGGACAGUAUGGACGAUGAUGAUGCCACGACAUCAUAUGUGUUUGCCACUGUGGGUGCCAUCGUGUGUGGCAUCUUGGUCCUCAGUAUCGUGACGUUCGCCGUAAUCUGGAUAUACAGGAGACAAGUGCGGCCUUCAAAACACCAUUCGAAAAUUGUUAACGAGUCUUACUUUGGUGGUCUAUCACCACCUCUUGCUCGAUCUCCUGUCGAUAAGGGAUACCGUGGAGGCCGUCGCACGCCUGUUAGUGGAGGGCCAAGAUUUUGCUCGAGUGAUUACGAGGAUGAUGGCAGCACUUAUUCACCUCGAAUUUCGACUCGUAGUACGCAUAGCAACAAUAGUUCGACUGCGUACUCACUUUGGAACGAUGAAGAAUUGCUGUCAUUGCAGGUGAAGUAUGAUGAAAUUGAGGACAUUGGUAUCAUCGGCAGCGGAGCGUGCGGUAUCGUUUGGCUUAUCAAGUACCGAGGAUCUCAGUUAUUAGCGUCUAAGCGACUUCGAUCUGACCAGAUCACAAAGCAGCGUACGCAAGCAUUCAUCGAGGAGAUCAAAAUGGUAUCUCCUUUUAAUCACCCGAACGUUGUUCGUCUUAUUGGGUGUGCAUGGACAAUCGAGACUGAUCUACAGGCGCUGUUUGAAUACAUGGAAAAUGGUGAUCUCCGUGAUUAUUUACUCGAUCCGAGUUCACCUCGUCAUUGGAGUCAGGAGUUAUUGCAACUGGCGGUGGAUAUCAUUGAAGCACUCGUAUAUAUGCAUUCAUUCACGCCUCCGCUGGUGCACCGUGAUCUCAAGUCUCGCAACAUAAUGUUGUCGGACGACAUGAAAGCCAAAGUGACCGAUUUUGGUGCGUCAAGGUAUAAGUCGGUAGACGAAACCAUGACUGCAGCUGUUGGUACGGGCCGGUGGUUGGCACCAGAGGUGAUUUCAGGAAGUAGCAAAUACGACCAGUCUGUUGACGUGUUUUCAUUCGGAGUUGUGUUAUCUGAAAUGGACACACACACGAUCCCGUACGACAACGUCCGCAGCACGAACGGCAAUCGCUUAAACGACAUAGCCAUUCUUCAGUUCGUGGCGAAUGGCCAGUUACGUCCAAAAUUUGGUGCAAGCUGCCCACCAGAGCUGCGCAUACUGGCUGAACGAUGUUUUGAUCAGGACCCACAAAAGCGUCCGCCAGCGCAUGUUGUGGCAUACGAGCUACGAGUCAUCCAACGCUCACACUACAUGCAGCUCUAA